AUGCCUUUCAUCUCGCGUUCGUGGCUCCCCUUGGCCGCACUGCUGUCGUUGACCCCCGGUGCUAUCAGCGCUGUCUCCCCAAGGGGUCACCCAGCCGGGCCAGCUCCUGUCGGAAAAGCCAUCUACAUCCUCACCAACGAUGAAAGCAACGCGGUUGUCGCACUGCCCAUCGGCCCCGACGGCAAGCUAUCCGCAGGCACCGUGACCGCCACGGACGGAGCCGGGUCCAUCGCGCUGAACGCUGACAACCAACCCGCCACCCCCGACGCCCUAGUCGGCCAGUCCUCCCUGACCAUCGCCGGAAACGUAAGCCCAAGCCGACUCUUCCCACAACGCGCAAAAUCCACUAAUCCCCCUUACCAGUCCAUCUUCGCCGUCAACGCGGGCUCCAACACCCUCAGCAUGCUGACCAUCUCCCGCUCGGACCCGACCAAGCUCACGGCCGUGGGCAAGCCGGUCGCCAUCCCCGCCGAGUUCCCCAACACGGUCGGCGCCUCGGCCAAGCACGGGCUAGCCUGCGUCGGCGCCUCCGGGGCGACGGCCGGCAUCGCGUGCAGCGCCUUCUCCCCCGCGCGCGGGCUCGGCCCCAUGGACGCCCUGCGCCCCUACGACCUCGGCCAGACCACGCCGCCCGUGGGCCCCACCAACACCGUCUCCCACGUCUUCUUCUCCGACGACGAGACCGCCCUGUUCGUCACCGUCAAGGGCGACCCGCCCACCAACAAGACGGGCUUCUUCUCCCGCUUCCCCGUCACCACGACCGGUGGCGGUAACGGCGGCUGCGGACAGAAGCCGCCCAAGAAGGGCGGCAACCGGGCGUCGGUGUCGAUGACGGAGCAGCGCAGCGUGCCCAAGGACACGCUGGUGCUGUUCGGGUCGCAGCCGGUGCCGGGCACGCACGACGUGUUCGCGACGGACGCCGGGUUCGGGGCGGCGGUGCUGCGCGUGGACCCGCAGAGCGGCGAGGCGGCGACGGUGGCGGUGGGCACGAUCGAGGGCCAAGCCGCGACGUGCUGGGUGGCACUUUCGCCCGCGACGGGCACCGCGUUUGUGACCGACUUUGGGGUGAACAGGUUGGUGGAGAUGAGCGUGGCCGAUGCGAAGGUGGUGUCGACGCUGGAUUUGUCCGCCAAUGGCGAUAUGGGUCUGACCGAUGUCAGGGUGGCGGGUAACUUUGUUUAUGCGCUCGCUCCGGGCAAUGGGACCACCCAGUCGGCUAUCACUGUUGUUGAUGUCUCGGGCGGGCCUGGCUCGGCGGUUAUGGUGCAGCACUUUAGCCUGGAUGGGUUCGCCGACCACAGGGCUGUGGGUAUGACCGUUCUGGUUUGA